UUAAGAACCUCGAUCCUCGAGAUUGUCAUCUCACAUUACAUUCUGCCUUCAAGCACUGAACCAUGAGCUCCCUGAUCGGAAUUCUCAGCCUCCUCUCGGCUCUUGCAGCGACAAGUUACGCUCUUUCGUGUACACAGUGUAUUUCUAAUGAAACGACAUGCUCGGGUCCCAGCAUAACCUGUCCUUCAGGAAAUCAGUGUGGAUCUACAUACACAGAAUCCACUAUUGCUGGAGUGAAGUCUACAUCUUUGACCAGAUCAUGCGCACUUUCAUCAAAAUGUGGCUUAAAUGGCAGUGUGACCCUACAACAAGGACAUAUGAGGAUUAGCACUUCAUGCUGCAACACUGACAACUGCACUCUUAAUCUUCCCACAUAUGCAACAACAAGUUCUACCCCUAAUGGACUGGUCUGCCGAUCCUGCAUCUCCGCUGUCUCUACCUCGUGUAACACCGAUGAUACAGUACAAUGCACAGGGGAGGAGAAUAUGUGUCUUCUUAUGAAAACUCAUGUGUCAGGAUCGGUGUCAGCUUCAACAGCCUUUCGAGGGUGCGCAUCAAAGUCCAUCUGUGACAUCGGCAGGGAGUCCGCAAGCAUUAACGAAAUGAUACGUUAUGUUAACUAUACCUGCACCAGCGGUGGCCUUAGUGUCCAUAACAUCGUCCUGGCUCCGGCCAUUGUGUGUCUUCUGCUGCUGAAACUGUUCUUCUAACAGAUCUUUGGAUGAAUGAAGCCAAUGGAAACAAAAAAUGUGUUCAGCAUAGAAUAUUUUAAACCUUGGCUAGAAAAUAUCAAUGUGCACAAGUAGUUGAAAAAUUGUCUUCUGCAUCUGCUGUGUUUCAUUUUGUUGUAACUUUACUUUAGUUUUACAAACCGCAUCCAUUUAUAUUUCAAUAAUUUUUUUGAAUAAACUAAUAAGUUACAAACGAAGAUUUCCUCAGCAAUAAUUAAAUGUAAUGAGCAAUGUAUCUACACAAUACUAGGGAAGCUGUGUUUCUUCAUAUUCAUUAUUUUUGUGCAUGAUAUUUAACAUGCAUCUAUUCUGGAUAUAGACAAGUUUCUACAUAGGCUUAUUGCCAGCACAGCAACCCAACAGCAUUCUGCUGCAAACGAUGAGCAACUAUCUAUUUUUUAUAGCAUUAUAGCAAAAAUAUUUUUAUACCAGUGGCAUUAACAUAUAGGGGGCAGUUAUCAUUGUAGUUUUUUCUGGUUUAUCUUAAAUUGUGCCUUUUUUAUGCUAAAAAUAUUUCACCUCAUUUACUAAGCCACUUCCGCCGAUAUAAAGCUAUUUUUCAUGGUCCAUGUCUUCUUCUGAGUUGGCGAGGAAAAUGGGGGCAUGGUUUUUAAGGCAUAUAGUUUUUGCCACAUUUAUUACAUGCACCUUUCUAAAUUGUCGCUUAAUAAUGCACAAAUCAACGCCAACCAGGACAUGCCAUAAAAUGGUCGCAUUACACACCUUGCUGAGACUUUAGAAAAAAAUUAUCACAUAUCCUAUGAGUGGUCAUAGAACCACCUGAUAAGAACAUUUCUAUAACUGGAAAAUGGAAAGCCACAAAACCAAUCAGCCAAUGAAGAAGAAAAUAUAAAAUGGAGCACCUGCUCCUUUAUAAAAGGAUUAGAAGUGACAAUCGGCACAGGCUGAAGUCAAAAUAAAAAAAUAAUACAGCCUAUAUCAAAAUUGCAUCGAGCAGAGAAAAGAGAAAUAAAAUAAAAAAUUGCAGAAAUAUUGUUUUUGUGCCGUAAUAAAAAAAUAUUAGAUCAGGGACAUAACAAGGAAAGGCUGUGCCCCAUGGUAUACUUUUGAAAGCACCCCCUCCCCCUCAAGCAUUAGGCUAGGGCAACAAGGCGACAUGUGUUGCAGAAGAGUUACACGACUUACACUAUGUCACCGUGUGGCCAUAGCCUUAAAGUAGUUAUCAAGUAGUUACAUAACAAUUACAUAUUCUCAAAAUACGUUAUUAAUGUGAGAUAAGCAUGGAUCAGACCCGUGGUACUCCUGCAACGAAGAUUUUUAACUCCUAGGAUACCAGAGGUUUCGUUUUUGCGUUUGAAUCUUUCUUCCCUAUCUUCCUUGAGCCAUAACUUUUUUUUUUUCUAGUCAUGUAUCCACGUGAGGGCUUAUUUUUUGCAGGACAAGUUGUACUUUCUAAUGCCACCGUUUAUUAUGGCAUACAUUGUAGUUGGAAGCGGGAAAAUGUAGUAGAAUUAGAAAAAAAGCGCAAUUCCUCCACCUUUACGGAUUUUGUCCCCAUGGCGUUCCUUUUGCGAUAAAACUGACCUGUGCACUGUCCUCUGAAGUCCCUAGUACUGAACACUGGAUUAACAGAGUAGACCAGAUCUAUAGACUGGAGGAGAUCUCACACUGGGAGUCACGCACUAGACUCACUUUCCUUCAGGUUUGGUCCCCUUGGAGAGCUUAUAGAAACUUCUCCUAGCUUUCAUCCCCCACUGUUCUUGGACCAAUACCCUAAACCUAGGAUCUUCCAGCGCUAACUAUUCUCUACCUCACACCAUAUCAAUUCUCUCUUAGUACCUUGUCCUACUGUUAAAUCAAUUGCUAUUGUUCACUUUUGCUUGACACUUGUCUUUCUGAGGCCUUUUAGGCCUUUUUCUACAUUUACAAAAGCAAUUUGUACUUAUGACUGUUACUC